GUGCGCGCGUGGAUGUGUGUAAUGUAGCGAUCAGGCGCGAACUGUCAGGUGACAGCGUGAAUCAGAGGCUGCGCGCGGAUCAGCAGUGAGACGGAUGAGUUAGGCAGCGCUGCGGGAGAGAUGCGGAGUCAUGGCGAUCGUCGGUUCGUUGCUGAAGCUGCUGCAGCGGCAGACCUACACCUGUCUGUCCCACCGCUACGGGCUGUACCUGUGCUUCGGCGGGCUCGUGCUCAUGAUCGUGUCCGCCUUUCAGUUCGGGGAGGUGGUGCUGGAGUGGAGUCGGGAUCAGUACCAUGUUCUGUUUGAUUCCUACAGAGACAAUGUGGCUGGUAAAUCUUUCCAGACCAGGCUGUGUCUGCCCAUGCCUAUUGACGUGGUGUACACGUGGGUGAACGGUACUGAUGCUGACCUACUGAAGGACCUCCAUGGAGUGAAACAACAGCUGGAAGAGGAACAGAGAAGGCUAAGAGAGAAGCUGGGGCAGAAUGCGACUGACACGACUGAGGCGCCCAAAGGAAGACCCGAGUGCCUGCUCUCGCAUUGCAUUGUGGGUCCGGCUUUAGUGUUAGACCCGGCGUUGCCCUCCAACAUCUCUGUGAAAGAGCUGUCAACUAAAUCAGGUGCUUUGUCAUCCACCAAGCAACUCCUGCAGGUUGCUAAACCUCUCCAGCCAUCCAGCAGUGUGUCUGUACUUCUCUUCCACUCCCAGAGUGAAGCGGAUAAAGCUCACUCUGACGCUCCGAGGGACUUCCCGAAACACUCCGUCUCCAGAACCUAUCUGACGACAGAUAAAGAGGCUCCUGGUCUGGUGAGGAUCCAGACGCUGGCCUACCUGAGUGGCUUCCCGUCGUCUUUCAAAGACACCGAGCAGCUGCGGGUCAAACUACCGUCUGUGUUGACGGGCAAGAUCAAACAGUUUCAGCUAUACUCUGAGGCCAGCAUUGCUCUCCUGCACCUGAACACAGCUCAGGACUUUGUAGACCUUCAACAACAGGCCAAGAAGAACCUGACACUGGAUGGCAAAGAGCUCACCGUCAGUCCUGCGUACCUGUUCUGGGACCUCAGUGCUGUCUCACAGUCGAAACAGGAUGAGGACGUGUCAGCCAGCCGCUUUGAGGACAAUGAGGAGCUGCGCUAUUCGCUGCGCUCAGUGGAGAGACAUGCCCCUUGGGUUCGACAUAUCUUUAUUGUGACCAAUGGGCAGAUUCCGUCCUGGCUAAACCUGGACAACCCCCGUGUUACUGUGGUUAGCCAUGAGGAGAUCUUCCAAAACCAGUCCCAUCUGCCAACGUUUAGCUCUCCAGCCAUUGAAACGCACAUCCAUCGGAUCCCAGGCCUCUCACAGAAGUUUAUCUACCUCAAUGAUGAUGUGCUCUUUGGCAAGGAUGUGUGGCCGGAUGAUUUCUACAGUCAUUCAAAGGGUCAAAAGGUCUACCUGACCUGGCCUGUUCCUAAUUGUGCUGAGGGCUGCCCAGGCUCCUGGAUCAAGGAUGGCUAUUGUGACAAGGCCUGCAAUAAUUCUGCCUGUGACUGGGAUGGUGGAGAUUGUCUCGGUGGAGCAGGCACCAAUCGCUUCGGAGGUGGGGGAACCGGGGGGGGAGGAGGAGCUGGACAGCAAUGGCAGUUUGGUGGGGGUUUAGGAGGUCUGGCGGGUGUGUCUUUCUGCAACCAAGGCUGUGCCAACUCUUGGUUAGCUGAUAAGUUCUGUGACCAGGCGUGUAACGUGUUGUCCUGCGGCUUUGACGUGGGAGACUGCGGGCCAGACCAUUUCAGUAAGCUGCAUCGUGUAGUUCUACAGAGGAACCAGACGCUCUACACACUACCUCAAGGCGAGCUGCGUCCAUAUUUCAGCUUUUCCUCUCUGGCCCACCGCAUUUCAGAGGCUCAAGUCGGCGACAACCCUGUGGUCCGCCACACGUCUGUGGCCAACAAGUGGAAAACAGUGCACCUGCUCCUUCUGGAGGGCUACAACGCCACCCAAAUCCACUACAACCUGACCUUUCAGGGUGAUCAUGAGUUCACCAUGAGCUUCACUGUAGCAGUGGACACUCGCACGCUUCCUAAGCUUAACACAUCUGAAACAGUGCAGGAGGUUAAAGAUAACGGUCCAAAGCCCACCAGCGCAAACCUCGAACUGGAGUUUGUGUUCUCGGACAUUCCAGUCGAGAAGCAAGGGCCGCGAGUGCAGAAAAGUCCCCCUGGAGCGUUAGAGCCGGUCAUCGAGGUGCCUGCACUGAACGCAUCUCUUUUGCCCGAGGAAGUGAAGCAUGAGCUGCAGAAGCUGGAUGAGAAGAUUCUACUCGGUGACAUCACUGAGAAAGGCUACAAUCUGACCAAAGCCAAAUUACUGAAGGCUUUCCAGAGAGAUGAGGCUUCUAUACUUCAGGGAAACAAUGGAGCAUUUAAAGAACAGGGAGCAGCAGGGAAAUCGGAUGCCAAUCCGAGUCAGAAUAACAGAAAUAAACCAGGACAGGGAGGUCCUUUUGUGACUGUUAAGAUUGACAGUACGACUUUGAAAGAUCAGCCUCGAGCCUUGGGCACAGAGAAGAUUCCCAACUCCAUACUGCUUAAUUCACUCAGAGGAAACAAGGCCAAGGAGCAGCUUCACUACAGAGGUGAGGGAGACGAGGUUGUGCAUCAUGGCGGUCGUAGGCUCCAACACUACCCAGGGAUCGAAUGGAGCUUCCUGCCAUGGGAAAAGAGCAGAUAUUUUGAGGACCUUCUCAAGGAGGGGGAGCGUCUAGAGCGAGAGCUGCAGUAUAAAACCGACAGCGCAGCCACCGGACGGAGAUUGCAGGACACCUUUGCCGAUUCUCUUCGCCACGUGAACAAGCUACUGAACGGCAAAUUUGGUUUCACGUCUCGCAAAGUGCCUGCACACAUGCCACACAUGAUCGACCGGCUCAUAAUGCAGGAGCUGCAGGACACCUUUCCUGAAGAGUUCGAUAAGACUUCAGGCCAUCGUGUGCGCCACUCUGAGGACAUGCAGUUCGCCUUCUCUUAUUUCUACUUCCUGAUGAGCGCACUGCAGCAGCUCAACGUGUCGCAGGUCUUCGAUGAGAUCGACACCGAUCACUCGGGGGUGCUGUCUGACCGGGAAAUCCGCACACUCGCAACUCGCAUCCAUGAACUCCCACUCAGCCUGCAGGAUCUUACAGGUUUGGAGCAGAUGCUGAUAAACUGCUCGAAGUCCCUGCCUACUAAUCAGACCCAGCUCCAUAUGGUUAACCCCACGCAGGAGGCCUACUACGACCCCAGCAUGCCUCCCAUCACUAAAGGUUUGGUGAUUCACUGCAAGUCUAUAGCAGAGAAGAUUCAAAAAGCCUUCAAGGACCAGAACAAAUACAAGUUCGAGAUCAUGGGAGAAGAAGAGAUCGCUUUUAAAAUGGUACGAACCAACGUGUCACAUGUGGUAGGCCAACUGGAUGACAUCAGGAAAAACCCAAGAAAGUUCAUCUGCUUAAACGACAACAUAGAUCACAGCCAUAAGGACGCCAGCACAGUGAAAGCCGUGCUGAGGGAUUUCUAUGAGUCCAUGUUCCCUCUGCCAUCGCAGUUUGAGUUGCCUCGCGAGUACCGCAAUCGCUUCCUCCACAUGGCAGAGCUGCAGGAGUGGCGAAUAUAUCGGAACAAGCUGAAGUUCUGGACUCACUGUGUACUGAUUACCCUGGUUGUUUUCACAGUCCUUUCCUUCUUUGCUGAACAGCUGAUCGUCCUGAAGCGGUGGCUCUUCCCCAGACGCAGGGUCAGCAAGGAGACUGAACGUGUGUGAGAAUGCACUCCAUGUUCUUCUAAGCUUACUGUGAGUAAGCUCUAAGUCCUGUAGGGUAACAGACUAAAACCGGGCAGGUUUCCUUGUUUUGUCCCCACCGGAGGAAGAGCAGAAGAAAUUUCUUGCCAGAGGUAAUUGAAUGCCAGUUGCAUGUUUCCUCCACGUGAAGGUGGGACUGAGAGACGCUGGGCGUGUGUGCAUAGAGGACCUCAAACACUCCAUUUUGUGCAAUUACUGUGCUAAACUCAGUGGAAGACUGUGGACAUCCUUAAGCUCAAGCUGAAUUUUUGUUUGUUGUUGGAUCAUUAUCUGUUGGUCUAACAGAAUUUUAAACUGUAAUACAUGAUUUUGUUGUUUUACUCAAGCUGUUGUUGUUCUUCCCUCGUUUUGGUAUUUUGCAUAUCAGUGCCUUUUAUCUUCCCUUCCUGUACUGUAAGUGAGAAGAAACAUGUGAGGGAUCAUCGCUAAUGUCAUUGUCACUAAUUCUAAUUGUUUUUAUUUGCUUUAUUUCUGAUGUGUUAAGGAGUCUUGAGUUAAUUACAGUGCAGUUGUCUUCUGCAUUUGUCUUUGACCUUAUGUGUCUUGAGAGUUCUGUUCUAGAAUCACACCGUCUAAUCUUUACCUUCGUGUCCAAACAUGCCUCCGCUUUUCCAGUCUGAUUUUAACUGCAUGGUGUUUGUGGCAUUCCUUGAUGUCCUGACUUGGUUAUAAUGCUUGAGGUAAGACAGCUGCGGAGAAAAUCACUCAAACUUUGUAUACUUAUAAAUGACACGUUAAUUGUUAUUGUAAGAUAAGGAAUUUUUAGAAAAUUACUUAAAACCCAUUAAACAUGCACAGAUGUCCUUAAAUUUAAUGCAAAACAGGCCUCUGAUUAGCCCUGCAAAUGCAAAUGAUGUAUUACAUAAAUUUGUAAAGAUUUUCUUGUUAUUUUUAGAAAAGCUGAAAUGAGCCGCCUUGCACCUCCAGGGUCUGGGUUCGAUUCCCGCUUCAGGGUCUGUAUGCAUGGAGUUUUCUAGUUCUCCUCGUGUUUGGUGCGUUUCCUCUGGGGUCUCCGGUUUCCUCUCAUGGUCCAAAUACAUGCAUAUCAACUUAUUGACAUCCCCAAAUUGCCCGUAGUUUGUGGUUGUGAUUAUUGACCAGAGGUCAUACCAUGGUUGUAAAAAUGGGAAUGAAUACAAUGGUCACCUCUGGCCUGCACAGCCCAUAGUUGGACUACAGAGGUUCCUAGAUGAAUGGAUGAAAUUUGUCUGAUUUAUUUUCCAUAAAAUUUCCUUCUGUUCCAUGAUGAAAUGUAAUGAAUUUAGAAACGAGUAGAGGAUCUACAUCAAUCAUCAGCCAUAGAGUGUAUUAUCAAAGGCGUGUUUCAGGAAAACAUUGAAGUCAUGUUCUCAAGUGUGAGUUUUUCUCCAUUUCAAAUUAUUUAGGGACAAAAUAUAACUUUGAUAGGUAUUUUUUAGGACGGUGUUAAACAUUUGCACCAGAUUGCAGGUGAAACGGCAGCAUGGUCGGAUCUCUGAGCCAAGCUGAGAGCCAGGUUUGUGUGUCACUCUGAGCUUCUAAAGAACUACUAAGCUAAUUAAAAGUAUUUCAAAAGUGUAUGAACGAUUAGAAGCAGCGAAUUCUGUCUCAGUUUGCAUUUUUUUAAAUUUACAUGAAUAAAAUUUCUUCAUGUUCAGUAAAACCAUGUAUUAUAUGCAAUGUAUUUAAAAAAUUACGUGCAACAAGUACAGAGGAUCGGCAUCCAUCAACAACACUUCUUCAAAUCAUGCAUGGAAUGUAUAGCUACAGUAAAUUAGCAAUGAGAUGAGUGUUUAUGAGAAAAGUUCAGGUCAUUCAGCUCUUUAUUGAGUUCUCUGUACAUUUUUUUUCUUUUUUACAAAAUAGCAAUUUGGCUUUUUCUGUUCUUUAAAUAAAUGUAUAAAGAGGUUAAUUUAAUUCUUAUAAAGUAUUGCAUAAAUCCAUCCCUUGGUUUUGGACCGUAUCGGUGUGGACUUUAUCUUAACUGUUAUGUUUCACAAUGACCUUGAACAAGAAUUGAUUUCCCAGGGAUGGAGAGAAUCAGAUUAAAUGUGUAACUUUAAGUAAAA